GGGACGGUAGCGGAGGGGGCCUGGCUGGGCUGACGGGGCUUCCGGUACACGGCGAACACAUCGGCUUUUGAGAGGACAACUCCGCUGGGUCGGCUUCAUGCGCCAUCGGAGCGGUACCGGAGGCGGCGGGUACUGAUCGUUCGGCCGGGUGUCACAGCAGCCAGUGUGGGGCCAAACUGACGGGAAAAUGCGGUCGAUUUCGUGGAGGAUUUGGCCCGCUCUGGUGCUGCUCCUCUUGCCCCCCGGUGUGGAGUCCCAAGCAGAGGCCUCCUUCCUGAAUACGUGGCAGGAGUUUUGGCUCUUCCGGUUCCUGGUCAACGUGCUCGGAUACUCCACCAUCAUCAUCCCCGGAUACCUGCUCAUCCGAUACUUCAAACGCUCCAACUAUUUAGAUACAGGCAGCGGACUUUGCUUCCCGGUCAUAAAGGCCUGUGUGUUUGGAAACGAAGCCAAGGCGAGUUUGAUAGAUGACGGCUCCGUCUCGUCUCGCAACGACCCAGACUCGGGCUCGUCCGUCAAGCAGAUCAUCAAGCUCCUGGUGUGCGCGGCCGGACUCCAGGUGUCCUACCUGACCUGGGGCGUCCUCCAGGAGCGCGUCAUGACCCGCUCGUACGGCGGCCAGUCCCCCGAGGACGAAGGCGAGCGCUUCAAGGACUCCCAGUUCUUGGUGUUCAUGAACCGCAUCCUGGCCCUCACCGUGUCCGGCCUGUGGUGCCUCCUCUUCAAACAGCCUCGUCACGGCGCUCCCAUGUACAAGUACUCCUUCGCCUCGCUCUCCAACAUCAUGAGCAGCUGGUGUCAGUACGAAGCGCUCAAGUUCAUCAGCUUCCCCACGCAGGUCCUGGCCAAGGCGUCCAAAGUUAUCCCCGUCAUGCUCAUGGGGAAAAUCAUAUCCAAAAAGAGCUACGAAUACUGGGAAUACCUCACCGCCGUGUUGAUUUCGCUGGGUGUUAGCAUGUUUCUCCUCUCGAGUUCGACCAACAAGCACCCGUCUACGGUUACGACGUUCAGCGGCGUGAUCAUCCUCGCAGGGUACAUCGUUUUCGACAGCUUCACGUCCAACUGGCAGGACAACCUUUUCAAAUACAAGAUGUCCUCCGUGCAGAUGAUGUUCGGAGUCAACCUCUUCUCGUGUCUCUUCACCGUGGGAUCGUUGCUGGAGCAGGGCGCGUUUUUCGAAUCGCUCUCCUUCAUGGUGCGACAUUCGGAGUUCGCUUUUCACGCCGUUUUGCUGUCCGUGUGCUCGGCUUGCGGUCAGCUUUUUAUAUUCUACACCAUCAACCAGUUCGGGGCGGCGGUGUUUACAAUCAUCAUGACGCUACGCCAAGCCAUCGCCAUCCUCCUCUCCUGCUUCCUCUACGGACACGCGGUCACGCUCGUCGGGGGAUUCGGGAUUUUUACGGUUUUCCUGGCGCUGUUUUUACGAGUGUACGCGCGGAGUCGCAUGAAGGCCAGCCGCAGAUCAGCGCAGCCCAUGGCACAAAAAGUGUAAAAAAAAAAGUCAAAUAGUAAAAAGUGAACUCAAGCCACGUUUUUGGUGGCUUCUAUCCCUCUCGUUUUGUUUUAUUUUAUUUUGUUACUUAUCAGGUGCACUGUGUAACUUCUAAGGCAGAGGGUCUGGUACGGGCUUGUUGUCUCCAUGGCGAUGUUAUCUCUUUACCUGGAAUGUUACAUGGUAGGGCAUUAAACGCAUCUCCCUUGCAUUUAGUGGAACUUAAAGCAGAAUUACAGGUGUUUUUUAGCUCAAAAAUACUUCCAAGUUUAUUUCCAUACUGUGGAAUAAUCAAGGCAAAACCGUAAUGUCCAUGGAGACCAGCAGAUGGCGGACGCUCCACCAGAAAGGUUACACAGUGCAGCUUUAACAGUACAAAAAAAGGGAUUUUACGGUACUGGAAUAGGUCAACGUGCUUUCUUAAGGAGGAGUUUGAGUGCCUGAAAGUUAAAUGCUUCGAACAUUGUUUAUUUACAUUUACAUUUACAUAUUUUAAUUUAAUUGCGUACUUUUCACAUCGGUUUGGCCUAUUACUAAUGGUCGGUCAUUCACACAAGCGACAUGUUUCAGUUCAAUCGUCUAAAUGGACUUGGAGAGACAUAUUAUGUUAAAAUGAUUAACUUUUAUUGCUUUGAAUGGUCAUAAACUAAUUUAACUAUUAGUAAUUUAUGUGUUACUACAUUUACACAGAUUACCCCUGUGUUCAAGUCCACAUGCCGGACGAUACAGACCUUUUUCACGUCGGCUGGAAGUGUCGUGAUGUAGGGUAAACGUAAAUCAAUAAAAGAUAAGUAGUAAGUAAUUCGUUAAUAAGUAACUUGUUAACUCAGACUGAUUGUACAAUUAAAAUAAAAAAUCUAUUUCAUGAUUUAGAUAGUAGCAUUUGUGCAGUUUGAAUGCUACAGAUGUUCAGAGAUUACAUGUUUCACAUUUAAACUGCACAAAUCUCUCUGUCUAUGCUAAUAUCUACAUCAUGAAAUUGUUUUUUAAUUUUAAUUGCAGCAUCAGUCUGAGUUAACAAGUUACUUAUGUUUUAUUCAUGACCAUAAUGUUAGUUUUGCUCAGGAGUAGUUUACUAAUGCUCAUCGUUGUUCUUCGUUACGUAUUCAUCUUUCUUACCUUGAUAGUUGUGGAUAAAUUCUUCAUGGACAGAAUAUGUCCUUUGUCAACUUUGUUGAAAAUUUGGUGGUGGAGCAGGUUUAUGAAGCUGGUGGUAAAUAUGUGAGACAUUUCCACAGAUAUUUUGACAUAGAAAAGCAUUAAUUGGGCGUUACGUUUACCCGUGAAAAAGUGAAAAAGGUCUAUUGUUUACUGACAUUAUCUUAUCAUUUCAGAGCUGUUUCUUUGCUUGCGUCAUUCUAGUAAUGAGUCCAAACUGUUAAUUUUUAUUUUAUUUUUUUUAAUUCAUUUUUUUACUAUUUUAAACUUCUUCACUCACUAAAUGUAGAAGAAAUCUUUGCACAAGUUUGCAUUUUUCACACUACUCAAUCAUUCAGUUCCAAAAUAUGAAAUUACUUUGUAAAGGUAAAAUGUAGAUAUUUUCAGAAUUUAAAAGUAUUUAAAAGAUGAGAAUAAAACAUAAUAUGUCUUCUUCAAAUGUCUUAUUCUGAAACCCAGAGGCCUUUUAACUUAAUGUGAGCUUUAUUUUGAAAAGCUACAACACACACUGCUUAUUUUAACACUGUUAGUUUAGCAUAAUUGGGAGUUUCAAAAUAUUGUUUACAUUGUUUUUAUCGGAACAGUUUUUUGUUCUGUUUUUAAUAUAUAUGUAUCCAUGCAAUAUUAAUAUAAAAUUCCAAUAUUUAUGUUUUUACACAAAAGUGCAUGUCAAUAAAUUAACUAAACAUAUUUUAUUAGAUCAAAUUAAAGGGGCCCAUAUUAUUCUAUUUUCUGAUCUGUUAAAAUACUGAGUUCCGACUCUCACUUCUGACUCUGAGUUGAGACUGAGUUGAGACUGAGUUGAGACUGAGUUGAGACUGAGUUGAGACUGAGUUGAGACUGAGUUGAGACUGAGUUGAGACUGAGUUCAGACUGAGUUCAGACUUGAGUUUUCUGAGUUCAGACAGUUUUACUCAGUUUAGACAGAGUUUUGCUGAGUUUAGACAGAGUUUUGCUGAGUUUAGACAGAGUUUUGCUGAGUUUAGACAGAGUUUUGCUGAGUUUAGACAGAGUUUUGCUGAGUUUAGACAGAGUUUUGCUGAGUUUAGACAGAGUUUUGCUGAGUUUAGACAGAGUUUUGCUAAGUUCAGACCCUGAGUUCAGACCCUGAGUUCAGACUCCGAGUUCUGACAGAGUUUUGCUGAAUUCUGACAGAGUUUUCCUGAGUUCAGACUCUGAGUUCAGACUCUGAGUUCAGAGUUUUACUGAGUUCAGAGUUUUACUGAGUUCAGAGUUUUACUGAGUUCAGAGUUUUACUGAGUUCAGAGUUUUACUGAGUUCAGAGUUUUACUGAGUUCAGAGUUUUACUGAGUUUUACUCUCUAACUGAAAACGCUGUCUCACCUUGUGAUGUCAUGUGGCAAUACGCGAAGUACUCCAUUGUGUUUUUAAACUCCAUACAUCUCUACUUAUUUAAAGGUAAAAAGUAGCUGUUGAAAGCUCCCACUGCAUGACAUCACAAGGUGGAACAGAGCGUUUUGAGCUUGAGGAGGUAAUAACAUUAUAACAUGGCUUAAAGCUCACAAGAAUCCGUUUUGUUUAAUAUAGGCCCUUUAAAGUAACAUUAGUUUAUUGAGAUGCACAUGUUUACAUUUACGUUAUUAUUUUAUUUUAACUGUUUGAGUAUACUCCUCGUACUGAUAGUAUUUCAUUGUUCGAGUUCUAUAGAACCUUCAUUUUCAUGUUUUAUUUGUUUCAGAUUUUACUAAACGUUUUACUAAAUCCUUGUAAAUAUAACUUGAAGAAAUUCUUUAUGGACUUUUAUAAGACUCUUCACAUGUGAAUGUUUGGGAGACGGGGGGACACAGUGCAUUAAAAAGAUAUGAAGUGUGUUCUGAAACUUGUUUUAAUAUUUUGUCGGAGUUAUAAUAAUAAAACACAUUAAAAGUGAAUUAAAACAUGA